AAUAAAACCGAAUGUAAAAGACACACUUUAAAUCAACUAAACACAUUUACGUAGACCAGGGGACAUCACUUCCAGUCUUGGAAGACAAUUUUGUGAUCUGCUUAAAUACACGUGAUUUAACUCACUGGUUAAUUACCAGGAAAUCAUCAAACUGUGCCGAAAUCUGGGCUUUCAGGACUAGAACUGAUGAUCACUGAACUACACGAACACACACAAUAUUCUGUAUGACAGUAUUAACACACUGGCAGCUUGGUGGAACAGCAGAUAGUGUUGCUGCCUGAUAGCUUCAGGGUUCAAUGAUGAACUCAGGUUACUGUCUGUGAGGUGUUUUUUCCCCCCUCUAGGUUCUCCCAUUUCCUCCCCCCUUGCAAAAGCAUGCUUGUAGGUGGACUGGCUACUCCAAAUUGCCCCUAGGUUUGAAGAGUGCGCAUGUGUGUGCAUUGUUCAGUGAGAUGGAUUAGCAUCCCAUCCAGGGGGACGUGGGACUUACCAAGUCAUAUCCCUCCAGUUCACAUUAAUCCUACAGCACGCUCACAGGAGGGCCAGCAGCGCCUCAGGGGAUGGGGGCAGGUGCAACACCUGGUUCCAUCAGCCUCGGGUAAACUAAAUGAAACCAAUGAAAACAGCAGGACACCACAGUGUGAGGGUACUAGUGGUAAUGGUCAGCACAAGGGAUUUUCUGUGAACAUUCCUGCUCCAGAUGGACCCGGACUGGAAAGGACCGUAUCACAAGCCAGUCAAGUUCAGUCUAGACCAGCAACUCAGCAAAGCCAAGUUCAGUCUAGACCAGCAACUCAGCAAAGCCAAGUUCAGUCUAUACCAGCAACUCAGCAAAGUCAAGUUCAGUCUAUACCAGCAACUCAGCAAAGCCAAGUUCAGUCUAGACCAGCAACUCAGCAAAGCCAAGUUCAGUCUAGACCAGCAACUCAGCAAAGCCAAGUUCAGUCUAGACCAGCAACUCAGCAAAGCCAAGUUCAGUCUAUACCAGCAACUCAGCAAAGUCAAGUUCAGUCUAGACCAGCAACUCAGCAAAGUCAAGUUCAGUCUAUACCAGCAACUCAGCAAAGCCAAGUUCAGUCUAGACCAGCAACUCAGCAAAGCCAUGCUGAGCCACAACCAGCCUCUACACAAAGCCAGGCCAAGUCCAGACCACUAACGCAGGCCAGCCAGACCAGCAAUCAAGAUUAGUAGAGCAGCUAACGUAUAAAACAAAUAGCUACAAAGCAGUGUAAUGGUAGUAUGAGGACUUAGAAGAAAAAUUCAGAUCUCCACUUGAAAGAACAAGAAUAUAUAUUGAGCCUGUGUUAGAGGUUGUCUUUUGAUUUAUCACUAAGGUUAAAAAUGUUGAAUUUACUGGUUCAAAUCUGAUUUUGUAUAUUGACAGUCACAAUCUGCAUAUAGUCACAAACAUACUAUGUUCUUUAAUAUAAGCUUAAUGAUGUUCUCAUGCAGUUGAAUGACAA